AUGGCAUUUCACGUUGCUUGUCCAAUUACAUGUCGAAGAAUCUGUUUCUGUGCGUUAGGGUUUCCGCGUUCUCUAAAUGGAACCACCAACAACCACAACAACGCUGCCAAUGCUUUUCUCAACGACGUUUCUGCCCUCGGUGAUUUCCUUGCCGGUGCCCAGAAAGAGGACUAUACGAUCCAAGUUGCGGUUCCCAAGGUUGUGCCGCCUCCUCCUGAGGUUGUUCCUGUUAGCGGUGAUUUGCUUGAUGAGUCGGCCUCCAUGAAAGCUAAGCGUGUCGCGCUUCAGAGGAAAGGUGCUGCUGCUAUGAUUGCUGCUGAGGAGUAUGCAAGGAAGUUUGAGUCUGGUGAUGUGCUGGAUACAUCAGGAAAUCUUAAUGGAGAAGAACAGGGUCAAUCCAAUGUUAAGGUCUUUUGUCGAAUGUGCAAUCGCGUUGAGAGCGAAGGAAGUGAGAAAGCAAAAAAGAUGCUUUCGUGCAAAAGUUGUAGUAAGAAGUACCAUAGGAACUGCUUGAGAAGUUGGUCUAAUAAUAGAGAUUUAUUUCAUUGGAGUUCGUGGACCUGUCGUGCUUGCCGAAUAUGUGAGGCUUGCAGAAGGACUGGUGAUCCAAGUAAGUUCAUGUUUUGCAAAAGAUGUGAUGGUGCUUACCACUGUUACUGUCUGCAACCUCCUCAUAAGAAUGUUAGUACUGGGCCCUAUUUGUGCCCAAAACACACAAAGUGUCACAGUUGCGCAUCCAAUGUCCCUGGAAAUGGACUAAGUGUGAGGUGGUUUCUGGGAUACACUUGCUGUGAUGCGUGUGGAAGAUUGUUUGUGAAAGGAAAUUACUGUCCUGUUUGUCUGAAGGUUUACAGAGAUUCAGAAUCAACACCAAUGGUUUGCUGUGAUAAUUGCCAGCGCUGGGUACAUUGUCAGUGUGAUAAUAUUAGUGAUGAAAGAUAUCACCAAUUUCAAGUAGAUGGAAAUCUGCAGUACACAUGUCCUACUUGUCGUGGAGAAUGUUAUCAGGUCAAGAAUCUUGAAGAUGCUGUUCAAGAGCUUUGGAGGAGAAAGAAUGACACAGAUAGAGAUUUAAUUACCAGUCUGAGGGCUGCAGCUGGUUUACCAACACAAGAAGAAAUAUUUUCUAUUUCACCAUAUUCUGACGAUGAGGAUAGUGGGCCUUUAAAGUUGAAGAAUGAUUCUGCACGUUCCCUUAAGUUCUCUUUUAAGAAUUUUCCCAAUAACUCACCUAUUAAGAUAAAAGAUUAUGGAAAGAAAUCUUCAAACAAAAAGACUGCCAAGAAAAAGGAUUCUCUGUCAUUCAUGACUGGUAAUAUUGAUGCAAACCAUAGUUUUGAAGGACACAGUGAUGUUAAAUCUUUACAUAGCUUGGAUGAUGAUAAGAAUGACGAUGACAUGCAAUCCCAGAGAAAUGAAGGUCCUGAUGUUUAUUCAUCACCUGCUACCGGAAGCCUGAGUCAAACUGAAGUAUCUUUUCCUGUCAACCGUCCAAGUAUUUUGAAACGUAAGUUUGUUGAUGAGGUGAUGGUCAGUGAUGAAGAAAGGAAAACCAGAGUUGUUCGAAUUAAAAGCAAUAAGGCAAAUAAUUUGGAUAGUGAAGAGGAGAGUGGAAAACGUGGUGAUAAGACUCAGAAUGUAAAAGGGAAAAAGUUGGUUAUAAAUUUGGGAGCACGUAAAAUUAAUGUAGCUAGUUCUCCGCUGUCUGAUAAUGCAAGCUUCCAAAGAGAUCAAGAUCUGGUUAAUGCAAAUGGAAAUGAAAAUCUAGCCCAUUUGAUGAAAGGAAACAAGUAUGCAUUAGAUAGACACGAUGGAAUGGCUAGACAUGUUGAUGGUAAAGGAAGUAGGGUUGACUCUGGUCAAUUAAAACAUUUAAAGGUUUCAGGAAGAGAAGGAAAUAUGAUCAAGUUGGGAAAAGUUAAGCCAAGUGUUUCUGAACUUAACUUCACGUCUGGCAGGGGCAAUAUGUCUGAUGGGUGUGAAGUUGAGCCUUUAGACCGAUCUCACAUUAUGCGAGGUAAACGUAGUACUCAUGGAAUGAACAAUCAAGUUGGAUUAGAUGCAACAUCAAGAGGUGAAAGGACGUAUUUAGCGAGGCAGUCCGAAGGUAGCUCUGAUGUAUAUGACGAGACACAUGACAAUAAUCACACAUCUUUACAUUCUUUGCCGAAAGAUUCUAAACCUUUACUGAGAUUUAAAUUCAAAAGGCCUAGCAUUGAAAGUCAAAAUUCUCCCCAUCGGGAAGAGGAGAAGACCACAGUCAAGGGUCAGAGGUCAAAAAGGAAGAGGCCUUCACCUUUUAAAGAGAAAACAUUGUUUAAUGACUCUGAAGGUGUAAGUCAAUCUCCUGGAGACAAUAUAAAUCAUGAGAACAUGGAUGCAAACUGGAUUUUGAUGAAAUUGGGAAGUGAUGCAAUUGGAAAGAGAGUUGAAGUUCAUCAGACAUCCGACAAUUCUUGGCAUAAGGGAGAGGUUACUGACACAGUUGAAGGCACCUCAAAGUUGCAUGUUACUUAUGAUGAUGGAAAAGUAAGCAUCUUGGAACUAAGAAAGCAGGGGGUCCGUUUUGUUCCUCAAAAGCAAAAGAGAUCAAAAACAUGA